GAGAGAGAAUGAUCAAAUGAUUCAAAUACCAAUGAUGAUGGUGGCAUGAGAAAAAACGAUGCCGUUUAAUUGAAAAUUGAAACGGUGCGUUUGGUUGAAAAGGACAAAGUGUCUUCUUCCACUUCUUUCUCCUCCUCUCUCCUCUAUGGGUGCGUUUCCUUCUGCAACUCCAACCGAAACCCUAGCCCUGCUAUUUUCAGUUCUUCACGGAAAUUUUUGAAUUUCUGCAAUCCCCAACUCCUCUUCUCCUUUAGUGUUGGCUUCUUCCCUCACAUUCAAACUCAAAUUCAUCCAAAUCAGAUGCAAAUCCGAUGAAGCUAUCCAUCACAACCCCCGAGUGCGGCGGCUGCAGUCUCACGGACCGCUGGUUACUCCACCACGUCCGCCACCGCGGCAUCUACAGGCGCCUCUGCACCUCCUGCGUCCUCAAACUCCAUCCGGGCUUAUUCUGCCCCAUCUGCUUCGAAUUCUACGACCCUCCUCCCUCUCCCCACCUCCGCUCCCUUUGCCAGAAAUGCCCUUCCAUCUCUCACCAGCAUUGCGUCGCCUCCCAUUCUGAUUCCUUCGUCUGUCCUCCAUGCCUAAACCCUACUUUCUCCUUCUUCGAUCCCGCCCGCACACCCAAAGAUGCCCAAAACCCCCAAUCCGAUCGCCGCUACAUCGAUCUAAACUCCGCCAAGGUCGUUGCUUGCGCUGCUAGGAUUUCGUUUCUGACCAUGAGGAAGGCGGCGGUUGCCUCCAGGGGUGAAUCGGAGAGGAGAGUGAAAGAAGCGGCCUUCGCCAAGAAGAGAGCGAGGGAGUCUCUGCAACACGUUGAGUCUAAUGCAGCCAAGGAGAAGGCGAGGUCCGUUGUUGUAGACGCCAAGGACAAGAUUGGUAAAGGAAAUUGCAUUGUGGGUGGCGUGGGAAUGACCUUGGCUGAGCGUGAUCGAUAUCCCAAUGACGAUAGAGACGAUGGGCUGGAUAAUUCUUGUGAGGUUUCUGCUAAUUUGGAAGACAAAGAGAGAAUGACAGGGUUUAGGGCACAAAGCAUAUCGAAUGGUGUUUCUAUGAGCACUGACGACAAGGAGAGGGGAAGAGUGAUUGCUGGCUCGGGCAUGGGACGGCCAUCUCUGCAAAACAGUGCUAGUGUGAAUGAGAAAGAGAGAUCAGGGGCUUUAGCUCAUUACAACGGAUUGGAGGAUAAGGCAAACAAGACAGUUCCUUUUGUGGAAGGGCAUUUCCACCAUUUGCAAGGCAGAAAUAGUUCACAAUGAUCAAUCAUUUCUUCCACAGAUUAUGCCACCAUGAAGCAUUGGCACUUAUUCAAACCCAGUAGUCUGCAUGCUACUUGACGUGGGCAUUUGCUGCAAAAAUCUCAGUGGAUGAGUUUGGGUAUGUUAUUGUCUUCUAUUCCUUCUUGUUACAUGGUGUGAGUAUGUUUAAACUCUGAAAUAGUUAGAGCCUGUUUGGGAGAGAUUUUGAGAUGGUUAAAAAUGGUUUAUAAUAUUUGGGGACGGCUCCUUGUAAAAUCACUAGAACCAAGGGGGGUAAUUCUUUCAAGAAUCACUUUUGAAAAGUGCUACAAAUUGGAACGUUUUAAUCUAAAUCGCCCUCAAACAAGCUGAAGAUGAAUGUCGGAUACAAUGGUCGGUCGAAGAGAGAAGGAUUUGGCCCAAGAGGGCUUCAAUUGUUAAGACGUUUCUUCCUUCCAUUAAGAACUCUGAUUAUCUAAAGCAUGUAGGGAUAUAUUGCUGAAAUAUUCUAAAUGGUUUGUGGGGUAUGCUCGUAAAGAUAUUAAAUGGAUUUUUUUUUUAAAGGGGGCAUUGACUUAAACCCCUUUGACGAGGACUUAAAUUGUUUUGUCAUUGAAGUUGUGUGGGUGUAACGCAGAAGUUGCUUGAUUAGAAAGGAGGUAAGUACGGACUACUUGAAGCUAUGAUUUAUGUCGAUUAAUUCUGUUGGGUCAUGUAAGAGGAAUGGUUUGAUCAAGAUUUGGUCUUCUUGUUGCCGUUUUUAUUA